UUUGUGAUGGUACCAACAUCAAAAGGUAAAACUAUAAAAACUCAGCCAUCCUUGAGCAGGAUGAACCGGGAAGAACUGGAGGACAGUUUGUUUCGUCUUCGUGAAGAACACAUGUUGGUGAAGGAAUUCUCAUGGAAGCAACAGGAUGAGAUCAAAAGGAUGAAGACAACCAUCCGCCGGUUGACAGCCAAGGGCCGGGACCUGAGGGUAGAGGCAGCUGGAGGGGAGCAGCUGUUAGAGCCAACAAAGAGGCUACAGAACACAGGGUGGCAGCAGCGUACCCACAAGCACCAGAACUCCUUGAUGCGUGGGUGGCAACAGCAGUUUCAGAAUAUUAGCUCCCCUGCAAGCCAACGAACCCAACCACGCUUCUGCACAGGACACAGACAGCUCCAUUCUGCUGGUGCUCGGGUGUUGGAGAAACCCAAGAGGGAGCCAAGGGAGAGGCUGAGCUACACGGCCCCUCCCACGUUCAAGGAGCAUGUGACAAAUAAGGAAAUCAGAGGUGAAGUAACCUGUGAACCCAGUGAACUUAUUCCUAAUUUUAACAGUAUAAUUUCUUUCAAGAAAGUGGUAAUUAUGACUAAACUCAUUGGUCUCUGCAUGCCUACCAGUGCCCACAAUAUGACAAGCAACACUUUGCAAAAGAAAGAAUUAGCCAAGUCUCCGGAGAAAUCAGGGUCCAAAGAUGAAGAUUUUGAACAGAAACCCUCUGUUUUGAAGACUGCUCAGAAAGCCACAGAGCUUCGAGCUUCCAUUAGGGAAAAUAUAGAACUGAUUCGACUUAAGAAGCUCUUACAUGAAAGGAAUACCUCUUUGACAGUAACAAAAGCACACUUAAUGAGAGUUCAAGAGGUGACACCUUUCCUCUUGCCCCAGAAUCAGGGAAUCCUGAGAGCAGCCCAUGAUGCUCUCCUCAGCCAAGUGGAUGAGCUCAGAGCAGAACUGAAGGAAGAGAGCAUGAAGGUUGUGAGCUUAAAGAGUCAACUAGAAGAUAUGUCUAUCCUGCAACUAACACUGAAGGAGCUUCAGGAGAGAGUUGAAGAUUUGGAAAAAGAACGCAAAUUGCUGAUCGACAAUUACGACAAACUCUUAGAAAACAUGCUGGACAGCAGCAGUCAGCCUCAGUGGAGCAGUGAACUGGUAGGAGAACAGCUACAGCAGAAUGUCUCCCAGCUGCAGGGCCAGCUGGAUGUGCAGCUGGAGGAGAAGGAAGAAGUCUUAAUUCAGAUGUCCAUAGAGCAAGCUCAAAAGGAACUGUUGCUUGAAGUCACCAAAAAGCUACAGAAGCAUAACCAAGAAUUAGAACUGCAGAAUAAAGACAUAUCUUCCCAAUCUCCAGACAGUCAGUCGGAAGCAGACUCUUAUCCACUAAUAUUCGAAGAGACCAUUGCAGAAGAGCCCUGCACACCAAAAAAUGAAGAAGUGAAUGAACUGUCUAAGAUCUUAAGUGAACUGAAAGAAUCACAUGCAGAGACCACACUGGAACUAGAAAAGACCAGGGACAUGCUUAUUCUGCAACGCAAAAUCAACGUGUGUUAUCAGGAGGAACUGGAAGCAAUGAUGUCAAAAUCCGAUAAUGAAAAUAAAGAGCACUCAGAAAAACUGGAGAGGUUGAAUCAACUGCUAGACCUCAAGAACAAGCGUAUCAAUCAACUGGAAGGUAUUUUGAGAAGCCAUGGCCUUCCAACAUCCGAACAGCUCAAAGAUGUGGCUUAUGGUACCCGACCACUGCCAUGCCUGGAAAUAAUGUCAGCACACAGAAGUGAGGAUAAAGUGGACAUUUCUCUGUUUCAUCAGAGUGAGAAUCUUUUUGAACUGCACAUCCACCAGGCCUUCCUGACAUCUGCUGCGCUGGCUCAGGCCGGAGACACUCAGCCUACCACCUUCUGCACCUAUUCCUUCUAUGACUUUGAAACUCACUGUACACCACUAGCUAUGGGGUCACAGCCCCUUUAUGACUUCACAUCUCAGUAUGUGGUGGAAACAGAUUAUCUUUUUUUGCACUACCUUCAAGAGGCUUCCUCCCGGCUUGAUAUACACCAGGCUUUAGCCAGUGAGCACCAUACCCUGGCAGUGGGGUGGAUUUGCUUUGGCAGGGUUCUGGAGACUGUGGAGAGAGUUCAUGGCUCUGCCAUAAUUACUGGAGCUGGUGGAGAAGAGUUUGGGGUGCUAGAGUACUGGAUGAGGCUGCGAUUCCCUAUAAGACCCAGCCUGCAGGCUUGCAUUAAGCAAAGGAAAGCUCAAGCUUACCUGUCAGCCAAUGUGCUUGGAGCCUGGGAGGUCCAGGAGGAUGAGUUCAGAUCAGAGACUCGGAAGCAUCAGAAUGAACUGCAGGUGGAAAUCAUCAGGUGCUGUGGCCUGCAGAGUCGAUGGCUGGGAACCCAACCCAGUCCAUAUGCCAUGUACCGCUUCUUCACCUUUCCUGACCACGACACUGCCAUCAUUCCAGCCAGUAACAGUCCCUUCUUUAGAGACAAGGCUCGAUUCCCAGUGCUUGUGACCUCUGACCUGGACCAGUAUCUGAGGAGGGAGACCCUGUCUCUGUACAUUUUUGAUGAUGAAGAUGCAGAGCCUGGCAUGUUCCUUGGCCGAGUCCAAGUGCCUUUGCUGCCUCUUGCACAAAACAAAUCCAUUAAAGGUGAUUUUAACCUCACUGAUCCUGCGGGGAAACCCAAUGGAUCUGUUCAGGUGCAACUGGAUUGGAAAUCUUGCUAUCUAGCCCCAGAGAGCUUCCUGAAACCAGAAGCUCAGACUGAGGAGAGCUUCCUGAAACCAGAAGCUCAGACUGAGGAGAACACCACCAAGGACAAUCUAGAGAUCUCACUUGAAAAGGAAAAGGAGUCAUUACCUCCCCAGGACCAAAUGGCAUCAGCUGAGAUCCUCACUGAAGCUGACCAGUACCUACCAAAGAAAAAACCACCUCAGGUGGGAGAAAGGAAGGAAAAGGAACACCAGGUGGCAAGCUAUUCAAGAAGAAAACAUGGCAAAAGAGGAGGCAUCCAAGGAAAGAACAGAAUGGAGUAUUUCAGUCGUAACAUCUUAAAUGGAAAUGCAUUACAGCAGGUGAACUAUACUGACUGGACCUUCUCAGGACUGAAAACCUCCAUCGAAAAUGCUUUAAAAAAUCAGAAAAAAGAAGAGGAAAUCACAUCAUCCCAUUCAUCACUGUUACAGAAGGAACCCCUACAUCCUGUAAAUGAUAAAAAUUCCUGCGAACAAACUUCUGAAGUCAGUGAAAGCCAAACUACAGAUAGUGAUGACAUCAUAGUGACACCCAUAUCUCAGAAAUGUCCUAAGGCAGGUUCAGAGAAGAUGUGUAUUGAAGUUGUCUCUCUAGCCUUCUUCCCAGAGACUGAAGUGAUGUGUGACGAGAACAUACAGCAGGUGUAUGUGGAGUAUAAGUUCUACGACCUACCCUUGUCAGAGACAGAGACUCCAGUAUCCCUGAGGAAACCAAGGGCAGGAGAAGAGAUCCACUUCCAUUUUAGCAAGGUGAUAGACCUGGAUCCACUGGAGCAGAAAGGUCGAAGAGAAUUUCUCUUCACCAUGCUGAAUGGACAAGAUCCUGAGCAAAGACAUUUAAAGUUUACAGUGGUAAGUGAUCCUAUGGAUGAGGAAAAGAAAGAAUGUCAAGAAGUAGGAUAUGCGUAUCUGGAACUGUGGCAGAUCAUGGAGUCAGGAGAAGACCUUAUAGAACAAGAACUUGACAUUGUUAGCCCUGAAGAUCAAGCUACCCCAAUUGGAAAGCUGAAGGUUUCCCUUCAAGCUGCGGCUGCCUUCCGUGCUAUUUACAAGGAGAUGACUGAAGAUUUGGUUUUGUAA